GCCAUGUGACAUUGAAUAUCAUUAUCAUAUCACAUUAAAUGUGUAAUUUAGGGGGGAAAUGACUUCUUUUACAGAUUAUCUUGGGAAAUUUUGGAUAGUAUGGUAUGUUUUUAUGGUGAAAAACAAAGAUCGUGGUAGGAAGAAAGGAAUUAUAAAACUAGUGGGGCAUCAUCAAAACUUGCUUCAUAAGGAACAUCUUCAACAUUCUCUUCAUCUUCUUCCCUUUCCAUCUCUCUUUUCUCCUCAGAAAACUUAUUUCAUUCACAGAAUCAUCAUAAUCGUCUCUUUCAUAUCUUCCUAAAACGUUGAUGUCUCGCCUAAGACCAAUAAAAAAGCUUCAACCAGCAAAGAGGGCAUGGAGGAGCUUCUCCAACAGAGUCCAAUCCAAAGUCAAUGAGCUCAACAUUCCAAGAGCCAUCAGAACCACAAUUCAACGCCUCGUUUCCACCUUCCAUUCUCUGCGUCACUUCAUCUCUGCCAAAGCUCGUCGUCGUCAUCGUUCUCUUCCCACUACACCUUAUUCUUAUUAUAACUCCUCCUCUUCUCAACACCAUGUUCAAAGCAAGAACUUCAGCGCCAUACGUAUAGAUGACCUUUUUGCAGAGCCUUCAUCUCCGUCUUCUUCUUUCUCUGCUUCUGGGUAUGUGGCUAAAGGGGAAAUGAGAAGCAAAGGCAAAGCAGAAAUGGGAAAUAAGGAUUUGGGUGGAAAAGGAAAGAGCAGCAAUGGGUUAGAUACUUUGGAGGAUGCAUGGAAGGUCGUGGUGGCUAAGUCACCGAAUUUGCAGGUGGAUGAGAAGGCAGAGGAGUUCAUCAAGAAGUUUCACGAGGACAUGAAGCUUCAGAAGGAGAGGUCUUUGCUUGAAUUCCAAGAGAGGCUAGCUCGCAGUACCUGAACUGAUUAAUUAUUGGACAAAAUUUAGGAGGUUUGGUUUUAGUUUUGGUUUUCUUCAAUUUGGGUUCAGUCUCUGAAAGAAAAAGUAACCGUACAAAUGCAAGGCUUUUGGAAAGAUGUGUGAAGAUUGUGCAGGAAAAUUACUAGGUUUUUGUGAGAUCUUUCUUUCUUUUUCAUUUUUGGGCUUCUUCCAUUUGUUGUCAUUCUUUGUUGGCAUACAGUAGGGAGAAUUGCGCUGUGGUUUCCGUUGUUUUAAUCUGAUAAAUAAAUUGUGUA